UGAUUGUAGUAAAUUGCGAUGAUCAAACAUCUAUAUAUAAACUCUUGAAAUUCAAAUCCAUACACGUUUAAGAAAUAACAAUAACAACGAACGUUAUAAUAGUUUGGAGAUAUGAUAAUACUGAACCAUUUUAUAUUUUAUACUGUUAAGGGAUCUUAAUAAUUCUUAUAUUUUGGAAUUUUGGAAUGGGUAUCGGAGCUGGUAGCGGUGAAGGCCGAGGUCAAGGUCAAGGCAAAGGUCAAGGUCAUGGAAUUACAGACAGCCUCUUCGGAGAAAAAAAAUUGAAAGUUGUCAAAAUUGUGGUUGUACUUAUUGUCUUCGUCUUUUUCGGCCUAAAUAUCGCCAAGAUCGUCAUGGGGGCUAUUUACCAAGACGAUUGUCCUAUACAAAAGCUCAUACCUAUAUACCUUAUCGUUGGAGGAGUCGUACCAUUUCUAUUCGCGACCGUCUUCUCUAUAAUAGAGAUGUAUUUAAAGAAAGAUUUCCCUGAUUCUGAAGAGAAGAUGGUAAAGAUACGAAAAGUGUUGAAAGCGAUAGGGGUUAUUGCAUUUAAGUUCACCAUUGCGUGGCUAAUCUGUGGAAGUGUUUGGGUUUUCGGAAACUACUCGGAUGUUAUAGAUGGUUGUGGUGGUUCGGGUGAUUGCUGUGAUACGUCCCUGAUAAAGUUCGCCCUCGCUGUGACCAUAAUGGACUGGAUAUUUUAUACCUUCUUAUUCGUGGGGGCAUGUUGUUGCGUGUGUUGUUUUUUGCUAUGCUGCAAAACCAAUGAAGUAGAGCCAUAAAGGGAAUUGUUUCAUUAAAACGAAUAGCACUAACAGAUUUCGAGACUCCAGACUGUCAUCAAGUGAUAGCCCUGAAAAGAAAAGGUGGCACAAAUGUUAAAACAAUACAAGGAGCUGUGUUUCCAACUUCCAUGAUGUUAAGCUUUAGCUUUAUGUAAUAUUAGAAUAACGUCUAGAAAAGGCAUUUUGUUAUGGAAAUGAAAUAAUCAAAGUAUGGGUUUUUUUCACCGGAAGUGACGCCAAUAUCGCCAUUUAUGCGCAGCCGAUUUAUUAUUUAUUGAACAAUCUUCAUAUUUUGCUAUAUAAAUCUUACAAAUAAAGUGAAUAUAGUGUAUCACAUUUGGGCAGCUUUUGCAAAAAGAUGGAGUACUUUGUUUUAUAAUAUUAAAUGAAUGUAAAUCUACUAAUUAUGAUCAAAUUUCAUUGGCAAAAGUCAUUCGAAUUCGUUUAACACAUCUAUUAAUUAAGUAAUUUUUACAGGUAAACUAAGGCGUUGCCGUUUUAUUUGUUGUAAUGCUUGUUGCAGUAUUGAUAGAUCCUAACUUUAAUUCGAAUAACAAAAUGUUUAACCACAAACACUGACAAGUGCUCUUUUUGUUAACAAAAUGUGGUGGUGAAAUUUGUAUUGCAAUCCAAUGAUGUGAUAAUUAGAAUUAGACUGGUAAGGGACAUGUAACAUAGCAUUUCCUAGUCAAAAUGCUUUUAGAGUAUUAAUUGUGAAAACAUUAAUAUUUUCAAUAUUAUUCAUAAAUUAACUUUUAUAUUUUAAACAACCAAUAAAAGAAUUUAAUGUUGCAUAAAUAUUUAAAUAAAAAUUACUUUUAGAUUCUCAACUGAUAAAUUUUACAACUCUAGUAAUAUAUAAACAUGUCAUAGUGGUCAAUAAGGAAAUAUUAUCACCUUUUGAUUUAAAUACUUUAACUGUGGCUUAAUUAUCAAUUUCCUUGUCUUUUAUCACACAAGCCAUACUUGAUUAUCCUCUGACAUUAAUUAAGGCUUAAUCACUAUGACAACUCUUUCUCAUUUUAUAUUGUUGAUUUUUAUAUUUUAAAUUAGUCUAAUUUUGAAUUUAGAACAAUCAAAAUCUAAUCGUCUUAUUUUGAAUUCGGAACUAACAACAUCUAUAGUAUUUAAAACUUACAACUUAACAGUAACUUAAGAAAAUUCCGGUGUUAGCUGUAUUGUGAUAUUUGUGGACAUUAUCAUAAAUAAUACUAUACAUUUGAUAAACGCUUUCCACCACAGUGAAACAUUAAAAAGAAUUAACUAGAACAUGACAUCUUGUGUUUUG